CUCUGAUCGAUUAGUCUUGGGUCUUGGUUUGGCGCGGUCACUCGUCACGGCUUACAGCGCGUCUUGUUUUCACACUCCCAAGCGUCCAUCUGUCCAACCUAAACUUGGUCCAAUCCCUGAGCCUCAACUCGCUUUCUGACAUGAUCCCAAUAGGCUUAACGGACAGCCGCACCUGAAGUCCUUUGACCAGUUCACUCAAUAAUCAACAAACCCUCAACUUCGACCUCUCCAUCACAUCACCUCUGCUCUUGGGCAAGUGAGAAUCGGGUUGAGCCUGCGAGACCCGUUUACUCAGAAUCUCAAUUUCUAUCCAUCCGAACCAUCCCCUGACGCCCCAAUCCGGUCAAUUGCAACCUCCUCUCUUGACACGUCUCACCCCCAAAGAAUUUCAGACUGAAUGGCUUCUUCCAUCCGCAUUUCAUAGACUUUCAGAGUUGAUCCAGCCAUUUCGCCCACCAUGGCGAGCUGGGAGAUCGGAACGAGGGCCUGGUUUCCUCACCAGGCCGAUGGUUUCAUACCCGGCGAACUGGCCGACAAAAAACAAAUAGGCGAUGGAAAGAUAUCUCUUGUCUUCAAUCUCUCCGAUGAGUCCCAGCAGACCGUGGAAACCACCGAGCUUGCUCUACAAGAUACCCAAAAUGCCGCCCUCCCUCCUUUGAUGAACCCUCCCAUGUUCGAGGCCGCCGAGGACUUGACCAAUCUAUCCCACCUCAACGAACCUGCCAUCUUACAAGCCAUCAAACUACGAUAUGCCCAGAAGGAGAUUUAUACAUAUUCCGGCAUCGUCCUGAUUGCCACCAACCCCUUUGCGCGAGUCGAUUCACUCUAUGUUCCUCAGAUGGUUCAAGUCUAUGCAGGCAAACAAAGGGCCUCCCAGGCACCCCAUCUGUUCGCCAUUGCCGAGGAAGCCUAUACCGAUAUGCUGCGAGACUCGCGCAACCAGACCGUGGUCGUGUCUGGUGAGUCCGGUGCAGGCAAGACUGUCAGUGCCAAGUACAUUAUGCGGUACUUUGCAACUCGUGGCGCCCCAGGUCAAUCGAGCAAGGGCACAAAAACAAGAGCAGACGCGAUCAGUGAAACAGAAGAGCAAAUCCUGGCUACCAAUCCUGUCAUGGAAGCAUUUGGCAAUGCAAAGACAACUAGAAACGACAACUCCUCCCGUUUUGGCAAGUACAUUGAAAUCAUGUUCGAUACCCACACAGACAUCAUUGGCGCUCGGAUCAGAACGUAUCUACUCGAGCGUUCGCGUUUGGUCUUUCAGCCUCUCAAGGAACGAAACUACCAUAUUUUCUACCAACUUGUGGCGGGAUCGAGUCCGGAAGAACGAGAAGAACUCGGUCUGUUCCCUGUCGAAGAGUUUGACUAUCUUAAUCAAGGCAACGACCCUGUUAUUGACGGUGUAGACGAUGCUGCCGAGUUUACUGCCACACGCAAGUCUUUGUCCACAAUCAAUGUGUCGGAACAGACUCAGAGGGACAUUUUCCGAAUCCUCGCCGCCCUGCUGCACAUCGGCAACAUAAAAAUCACUGCUACAAGGUCAGAUUCGUCCCUCUCUGCAACAGAACCCGCUCUGGCUAGAGCCUGUGAUAUCCUGGGCCUGGACGCAACCAACUUUGCUAAAUGGACCGUCAAGAAACAACUCAUCACCCGAGGCGACAAGAUUACGUCGAAUCUCACUCAGCAACAGGCUAUCAUUGUCAGAGAUUCCAUCGCCAAGUUCAUCUAUUCAAGUUUGUUCGACUGGCUCGUGGAAACCAUCAACCACGGUCUUGCCACCGAGGAUGUAUUGCAGCGAUUAACGACUUUUAUUGGCGUUCUUGAUAUCUACGGCUUCGAACAUUUUGCCAAAAACUCUUUUGAACAGUUCUGUAUCAACUACGCCAACGAGAAGUUACAGCAAGAGUUCAAUCAGCACGUCUUCAAAUUGGAGCAAGAGGAGUACAUGCGUGAGCAGAUUGACUGGAAAUUCAUCGAUUUCUCAGACAAUCAGCCUUGCAUUGACCUUAUCGAGGGAAAGCUCGGUAUCCUUUCAUUGCUGGACGAGGAAUCAAGAUUGCCCAUGGGUUCAGAUGAACACUUUGUAACGAAAUUGCAUCAACAUUUUGCAGCCGACAAGCAGAAAUUCUACAGGAAACCGCGGUUCGGCAAAUCAGCAUUUACUGUUUGUCAUUAUGCACUCGAUGUCACAUAUGAAUCCGACGGCUUCAUCGACAAGAAUCGCGAUACUGUUCCCGAUGAGCAGAUGGAAGUGCUUAAGAGUUCUUCAAAUACCUUUUUGAUCGAGGUUCUUAAUGUUGCUACUGCCGUUAGAGAGAAAGAAUCUCUUCAGACUUCUUCCAAGACAGUUGCUCCUGGAGGCGGACGCAGAGUUGGAGUGGCUGUUAAUCGCAAACCUACACUCGGAGGCAUUUUCAAGAGUUCGCUCAUCGACUUAAUGCAGACCAUUAACAACACCGACGCCCAUUACAUCCGUUGCAUCAAGCCCAACGAAGCUAAAGAAUCUUGGAAGUUCGAGGGUCCCAUGGUCUUGAGUCAGCUUCGAGCUUGUGGUGUCCUGGAAACUGUCCGCAUCAGUACGGCUGGUUACCCCACCCGUUGGACCUACGAAGAGUUUGCCCUUCGUUAUUACAUGCUUUGCCAUUCGAACGAAUGGACGACGGAAAUUCGAAAAAUGGCACAAAAUAUCCUCGUCAAGGCACUGGGCGCGACGGCACACGAAAAGACCGAUAAAUAUCAGCUUGGUUUGACCAAGAUCUUCUUCCGAGCUGGUAUGCUCGCGUUCCUCGAAGACAAACGCUCUGCACGCCUGAAGCAAUGUGCGAUCAUGAUCCAGAAGAACUUGCGUGCGAAAUACUGGCGCCACAAAUACCUAGACGCCCGGCAGUCACUGAUUGACUUCCAAACUGCCACUCGUGCCUUCGUGGCGAGACGAAAUGCAGACGAAAUCAGACAAACCAAGGCUGCUACCGAUAUUCAAAGGUUCUGGAGAGGUCAAAAGGAAAGAAGGCGGUUCAAUCAAAUCAGAGACGACCUUGUCCUCUUCGAAUCCUAUGCCAAAGGAUUUCUCUGCAGAAGGAAUAUCCUGGAAACUCGCAUUGGCAAUGCUGCAAUCACUAUUCAGAGAGCCUUCCGAGCUUGGAGAUCUUUGCGAGCAUUCAGGCAACACCGCAGGAAGGUUGUCAUCAUACAAAACUUAUGGCGUGGCAAAGUCGCCAGACGCGACUACAAGAAGAUCCGCGAAGAAGCGCGUGAUCUCAAGCAGAUCUCAUACAAAUUAGAAAACAAGGUCGUCGAACUUACACAGUCUCUCGGUGCCGUCAAACGCGAAAACAAAUCACUUGUGGCUCAGCUGGAGAAUUAUGAAGGUCAAUUGAAGUCGUGGAGAACGAGGCACAAUGCUUUGGAAACACGUUCGCGAGAGCUCCAAACCGAGGCUAACCAAGCUGGCAUUGUCGCGGCUCGGUUAAGUGCCCUCGAAGAAGAACACGCCAAAUUGCAGGCUAGCCAUGAUGAGCACCUGGGAAAUGCGAAGAGGUUACAAGAAGAGGACAAGAAGCUCCGAGAAUCCUUGCAACAGUCUAAUAGUGAACUCGACAAACUUCGGCAAGCUGUGCUGCUCCAUGACGGAGAACAAGGUACUCUCCGUCAACAGAUCAACGAACUGCAAGAUCAAUUGGAGAUGGCAAGACGAGCUCCACCACCAGUUGUCAACGGCGUCAACGGUGACUACGCAAGUACCAAUGGCGCAGCUCAAGCUGCUAGUGGUCUGAUCAAUCUUGUGUCCUCCAAGAAACCGGUCAAACGACGAAGCGCUGGUGCCGCUGAGCGCAGCGAAGUCGACAGAUACAGCGCUGCAUACAAUGCUCGCCCCAUGUCGAUGGCUGUCGAUUUGAACAGCAAGACUUUGUCUGGAUCUACCUUCAACCAAGGGUUGGACAGUGUCGAAGACGAACUUGAAAAUCUCCUCGCCCAGGAAGACGAACUCAAUGAGGAGGUGACGAUGGGUCUGAUUAGAGGCAUCAAGAUCCCCCAGCCUGGAGCGACACCCACACCAACGGAAAAGGAGGUACUCUUCCCCUCCUAUCUCAUCAAUUUGGUCACGUCAGAGAUGUGGAACAAUGGGUUUGUCAAAGAAUCAGAGCGCUUUCUGGCCAAUGUCAUGCAGUCAAUUCAGCAAGAGGUCAUGCAGCACGAUGGUGAUGAGGCUGUCAACCCUGGCGCAUUUUGGUUAUCGAAUGUGCAUGAAAUGCUCUCAUUCGUCUUCCUGGCUGAGGAUUGGUACGAGGCCCAGAAAACAGACAACUACGAGUAUGACAGAUUGCUCGAGAUUGUCAAACACGAUCUCGAAAGCUUAGAGUUCAACAUCUAUCAUACUUGGAUGAAGGUCCUGAAAAAGAAACUGCACAAGAUGAUUGUCCCGGCCAUUAUCGAAUCGCAAUCACUUCCAGGUUUUGUCACCAACGAGAGCAACCGAUUCCUGGGCAAGCUCCUUCCCUCAAGCAAUAGUCCGGCUUACAGCAUGGAUAACCUCCUGAGCUUGCUGAACAAUGUCUUCAAGGCUAUGAAAGCAUACUAUCUGGAAGACACGAUCAUUACGCAAACUGUGACGGAACUAUUGCGACUGGUCGGAGUCACUGCAUUCAAUGAUCUCCUCAUGCGACGAAACUUCCUCUCAUGGAAGAGAGGUCUACAAAUCAACUACAACAUCACCAGAAUCGAAGAAUGGUGCAAGAGCCAUGAUAUGCCUGAAGGAACCCUUCAACUCGAACACCUGAUGCAAGCCACCAAACUUCUGCAAUUGAAGAAAGCAACGCUGAAUGACAUUGAAAUUAUUCAAGACAUUUGCUGGAUGCUGUCACCCAAUCAAAUUCAGAAACUUCUCAAUCAAUACCUUGUCGCGGACUAUGAACAGCCCAUUAAUGGUGAGAUAAUGAAAGCCGUGGCGUCUCGAGUCACCGAGAAGAGCGAUGUUCUUCUCUUGGCGGCCGUGGACAUGGAGGACAGUGGACCUUAUGAGAUUGCUGAACCUCGAGUCAUCACUGCAUUGGAGACCUACACUCCAUCAUGGCUCCAAACUCCACGACUGAAACGUCUGGCUGAAAUUGUCUCUGCUCAGGCCAUGGCACAGCAAGAGCGAGGAGACAUUCCUGAAAAUGCGCUGAGUGACUCUGAGGCCGCCUAGAAUCAAAUCUAGAGGGGCUCGCUGGACCACCCUCGCCGACUCGAAUAAGGCAGGACCACCAUUCUCCGGUUUCUGUGGAUGGCGUGAUCGGAAAUACAGCCGAGUACUUUGCAAAAUGAAUGUCUUGCAAGAAUGCCGGUGAUGUUCAAACUAGCUUUACGGCCAAAUCAGCGACACGCCACAGGGCGAGUCCAACUUGUUUUGGCUCACGAUGAGGCAUUUCACCUUGUACAGUACUGGCGGGUUGUCGCAAUGGCAAUGGCAAUGGCAAAAUGAAACAUGUGUGGAUAUGUGCCAUGAUAACGAUGGGCGCAGAGCAGUUGGAGGCGAUGUUGAGAGAUUGGGGGGAAAGAUUGUCCGACCGUUCUCCUCUCAUUUCCCACACCAGAUGACUCCUCCAGCGUCAUCGGCUUGCUUUGCUCUGCGAUUAGAUCUGGUGGACCGUGGGUGGAUGUACCUUCGACCCGCUCUGCCCGAUUUCAUUUCAUUUGGGCCAUGGGCGUAGCAUCAGGUUCGUUUAUUUGAUGGUCUAAGAUGGGAAUGAUGUGUGAUUUGCAGGUGAGAAAGAUGGAUCGUGUGGCUGUCAGCAUUGCAUUUCUUGGAGUGAGCCCAUUUCCUGUACCUAUACCAUACGCCCAUUGAUCGAUCGCUCAAUGGAUCCAUGCAUCUAGCUAUCCGUCCAAUCUAAUUGUGUACCUAGAUCUUUAA